GAACUCCUACACGCCAAAACCAAAAACCCGCUUCUCUCUCUCUCUCCCCCCCACGAAAAAAAUCCAAUCUUUACUCGAAGAAGCUCCGGUGAAUGAAAAGUCACCUCCUUUCUGCUCCAAGAAUCGCGUUCCAACAAUCCCAGUUCAACAGUCGCGCCCCCAUGAAGAAGAACCCACCAUCGCCGCCCAAGAAGAGCAGGAGCGCCCGCGUGAAAGCGAAUGCGAACGACGAUGGCAGCCGUCCCGGGACGAAGAGACCGCGAAGAGAGAGAAACCCACCGAAGGCGUUGACGCUCCGGCAAGAACCAGGAGCGCCGGACAUCGAAGACUUCUCGUUCACCGGAGAAGAGGUGAGCGGCGCCAGAGCUUCGCUCUUGGAGUGGUACGACCGCAACCGGAGGGACCUUCCAUGGAGGGCGAGCAAUGGCGGGGGCAAUGCUGGAAAUGCACAAGAAGAUGAAGAUGGAGAUGGAGAAGAAGAAGAUAGGAGGGCUUAUGGGGUGUGGGUGUCUGAGGUGAUGCUGCAGCAGACGAGGGUUCAGACUGUGAUCGACUACUACAACCGGUGGAUGCUCAAGUGGCCUACUCUCCACCAUCUGGCCUCUGCUUCUCUGGAGGAGGUGAAUGAGAUGUGGGCUGGUCUGGGCUAUUACAGGCGGGCACGUUUUCUCCUAGAGGGGGCAAAGAUGAUUGUUACUGGUGGAGAAGGAUUUCCCAGGACAGUUGAAGCACUCCGAAAGAUUCCUGGAAUCGGUGAUUAUACAGCAGGUGCAAUUGCCUCUAUAGCUUUUAAUGAGGUGGUGCCGGUGGUUGAUGGGAAUGUAGUUAGAGUGCUUGCUAGGUUGAAGGCUGUCUCUGCAAAUCCAAAAGACUCAGCUACUGUAAAAAAAUUUUGGAAAUUAGCAGCUCAACUAGUUGAUCCAGAUCGACCUGGGGAUUUUAACCAGUCUCUCAUGGAACUUGGUGCGACUCUUUGCACUCCAUCAAAUCCGAGUUGUUCAUCAUGCCCUAUCUCCAUCCAAUGUCAGGCACUUGCAAUUUCCAGAAAGGAUGAAUCUGUAACAGUCACAGAUUAUCCUUCUAAAGGAAUCAAGACAAAACAAAGAGAGGAAUUUUCUGCGGUUUGUGUUGUGGAGAUAUUAAGAGGCGAUGAUUCAUUUGCCAGUAACAGCUCUGAAAGUGGUUACCUUCUCGUGAAAAGGCCAGAUGAGGGUUUGCUUGCUGGUCUCUGGGAGUUCCCAUCAGUAAUGCUGAAGGAUGAAGCUGACUCAGAUACAAGAAGGAAAGCGAUUGACCAUUUUCUGGAACAAUCUUUUGGACUUAACUCCACAGUCUGCAUCCCAGUAACAAGGGAAGAUGUUGGAGAUUUUGUCCAUAUUUUUUCACAUAUUCGUCUCAGGAUAUUUGCGGAGCUGUUGGUGUUGCGUCUCAAAGAAGAGAUGAGUUUCUUUAGGAAGCACAGCAAGAAAACAUUGACGUGGAAAUAUGUGGACAGUGAGGCUCUUUCUAGCUUGGGAUUGACGUCUGGAGUCAGGAAGGUGUAUGCUAUGAUUCAGAAGUUCAAGAAAAGCAGUUCGCCCAAAUGUUCCCAUCUAAGGAGGAGAAGCAGAUUAAAGCAAUAAGAUUAACUCAAUCAAGAAUCUCUCUAUGAGAUUCAUUGAGGUCCUUGCUUGGUCCAAGUUUCAACGGAGCGUUUCAAUUUAUUGGAGGCUGAAGGGACCUCUCUAGAUGCAAUUUUCCCUGAUAGGGCCAGAUCUUGAUCAUUUAUACGUGGGAUUAUCUGCACGAUUCAUUGUGGAAUUCAUCUAUUCCAGCUGUGGGGGAAUGUUUUAUGAUCCACCCUGCGAUCAAUCUCGAGUCUAUUCUAUGAACAAGAGAUUGCAUCUUGUUUUGGCACAUCUCCAAAAUCCCUGCCAUUGUUUUUCUGAGAACAAAAUGAGGCUCUCUGAUCACAAGUUCACAGACCUUUCGCGUCUGUGGAUAUCUAUGCAUUUCAAGAACAGAGUUGCAAUUCUUAUUAUUGGAUGUAUGUUUGAGAGUAAAGCUGACAAAUUCAUGAAUGCUUGGCAGUAAUUUUGACAUCAACAUCUGCCAAACAGACAUAUGCCAUGUGAUUACUGGUUCUUUCA